GUAUGACGAUUCUGUAAUAUGUACCUACCGUGCUGCUGGGUUCCAUGAGACUGCUAACGCUGAGGGUUUGGUGUGCCGUACCCGAUGGUGACCUGAAGAAAGACAGGAUGUUCGGUUAUUAUUUAGCGACGUUCUUUGCCUUUGCCAUUGUUCUGUCCGAAGGCUCGGCUACAGAGGUGACGGAGUUCUGUUCUUUCUUCAACAACCGUGCACCAGAGCCUCAGCCAAACCUGAAGAACUGUACCUGGUUCAAAGAGAACAGUUGCUGCAUGCAAGAGGAGAUCGCGGAGACAUUUGAGCAGGUAAAGAGUCUCCCCGGGGCGUCACCGGCCUGUCAACAGUACACCAAUUACUUAAUGUGUUAUAUAUGUGCUCCCUACCAGAACAUGUUUUAUAUAUGGGGAUACUUGAAGGUGUGUGAGGAAUUCUGUGACGCCUGGUACGGAGCCUGUGGGUCGGCCAUUCUGAAAGGCUCGAGAGUUAAUCAGCUGUAUACGAACGGCAGUGACUUCUGUAAAAGUAGGUCGUACAAAGUCAGUACAAUAGCACAAAAAGACUGCUUCUUUUUCGACAAAUUGAUGGACACGACGAAUGGACAACGUUCGGGACAUGUUUAUUGGGAGCAUCCGGCCAUGUUAAUAUCGACGCUGAUCAUGUUUUGUUUCGUGUUGUAUCCACUGUAGCCAGUGUUGUGUACUGUGUUCUACACGGAUCGAUAUCAACCAUCGAUCACUAAACACCAGACUCACCAGCUUCUACCCAACCAAAAUAGGGGCAACCAAAACGUAAUGUGGACAUGACAAACGAAACACGUGAAAUUUGUUCAAAUAACUGUUUCGUCGUCAUUACAGGACAUUACAUUCCGGAGAUAAAUAUUACUAUAUACGAGAAACCUUGGCCUCUCAGAGAACGAUCAAUAUCGUACUGUGUGCCCAUAACACACACGGC